AACCAGAUUACCACAAAUCUAAACCGGAAGUGAGAUAGUGACCCGUUUCAUGUAAAAGGUAUUCCCGGAAGAUACGUUUCGUAGAUGAUGAUGUACUAAAUCAGGUGGAUUGGCCCCUCUCUUAGUAGGAAUGCCGGGCGGAGUCGACUAUGGGGAGUUUGGGGGGAGCCUUCCUGCCAUCGCCUCUCUGAAUGCGUCCUACUCCACCACUGUAUCCCUACCCUCCCCCCACUACCUGGUGGUGCCCCCUGGGGAGAAGAAGGUCAUCUCGGACGUCCGUCGCACCUUUUGCCUCUUUGUCACCUUUGACCUCCUCUUCAUCUCCCUGCUGUGGAUCAUCGAGCUCAAUAUCAAUAACUCCAUUUGGCAGAGCCUUGAGCUGGAGGUUGUCAAGUACAACUUUCAGUCCUCCUUCUUUGACAUCUUUCUCCUUGCCUUGUUUCGUUUCCUGUGUCUCCAGUUGGGCUAUGCUGCUCUACGUCUGAGGCACUGGUGGGUCAUUGCGAUCACCACUCUAGUGACCAGCUCCUUCCUUGUAGCCAAAGUCAUUCUCUCCAAUCUGCUAUCCCAGAAUGCUUUUGGCUAUGUGUUACCCAUCAUAUCCUUUGUGGUGGCGUGGCUGGAGACGUGGUUCCUGGACUUCAAGGUGCUCUCCAUAGAGGCUGGUGAUGAGAGAGCCUACCUAGCAGCAGUGAACGCAGCGUCGGAGCGAGCUUCCAUGAUCUACCCACGUGCUGUGUCUGAAGGACAGUUCUACUCUCCACCUGAAUCCCUCGCAGGGUCUGAGGAGGACCUGGAUGAGGAGGGGCUGGGUCGCAGGGCAGUCUCCCCCCAUGAGAAGGAGCUGGUGAGGCAGGGUAAAGAGGCCAUGGCCGUGGUGGAACAGAUCCUGGCCCAGGAGGAGAACUGGAAGUUUGAGAAGAACAAUGACAUGGGGGAUUCUGUGUACACACUGGAGAUCCCCUUCCAUGGAAAGACCUUCAUUCUCAAGGCCUUCAUGCAGUGUACAGCAGAGCUAGUGUACCAGGAGGUGAUCUUACAGCCAGAGAAGAUGGCCCAGUGGAACAAAACCGUUUCUGGCUGCCAGAUCCUCCAGAGGGUGGAUGACAACACCCUGGUGUCAUACGAUAUCUCUUCCGGGGCAGCAGGGGGGGUAGUGUCUGCCAGGGACUUUGUGAAUGUGAGGCGGGUGGAACGCAAACGAGACUGCUACAUCUCUGCUGGCAUGGCAACCGACCAUGACGCCAAGCCUCCGCACAGUCGCUAUGUCAGAGGUGAGAAUGGUCCAGGAGGGUUUGUGGUCCUGAAGUCCAGCAGUAACCCCUCGGUUUGUACCUUUAUCUGGGUGCUCAACACAGACCUCAAGGGUCGACUGCCCCGCUACCUUAUCCACCAGAGUCUGGCUGCCACCAUGUUUGAGUUUAUGGCCCAUCUACGCCAGCGCAUCACUGACCUACGGUCCACUCGCUAGAUGCCCUCUCACUUACUUCCUGUAGGGAAGCUGGAUGCCUACAACCCACAGCGCCACCGCAGGUUUGGUGGUGUCACUGCAGAUUUUUAGGAACACCUACAUUUGGAAGUGCACCUGAGAUUAUGGUGGAUAUCAAACGUACUUAGACUAGAGGAAAGUCAACAUCAUAGCAGAUGGGAGACUGCUGUGUCUGCACUUUCACCGGUCUUUUAGAUGUGAGGAGGUCUGGUGCUGUCAGAGGAGAUGUUCCUCUUCUCCCAUGGACUCCAUGUUGUUUUUAAACAUAGUUACAUAAAAAUGUAACUUUUCUGCUGUUUCUCUCACUGGGAUGCUAGUGCUGGAUGCAUCUCCCUCCAUCCAAAACGUCUAACAGUAUUGAAAGUGUAAUGGUCGGAUUAGGACUAUGCUUGACGAGACUUGAUGAAGGCGGAUGUCUUUUUGACUGCGUAGGUUUUUUUCCUCUCUCACUGGAAGUGAACUGGUGCAAUGACUGUGGGUUUGCUGCAUCAGACCGCUAACUCUGAGCCUUACUCUACCGCACAUUUAUGUUAGCCGUAGACUCUGUUUUGCUUUUUUCUUGUUAUUUUUCCACUGUCUUCACUGUCAUUCUCUUGUAACCGGGGAAACCGCUACACAUGACCACAUUAUGAACAAAAAUGGAGCUGUUGGAACACGUUGAACCCACAGUGUGUCCCUUUUUGUCCUCGUUGACCCUCACUGCACUGUUAUCCAUGGAAGUUGACUGUAGGAUUGCUGUGGUCCUCCAACCACUAGGGGGCAACACCACCACUGAUCUACAACAGGAGACCACCUACUUAAUGGAGCUCAAGAUGGGUGGUUGUGAUGACUUAUCGGUCGCUCAUGGGUUCAUAAAGAGUUUCAGAUACUCUACUCUUCCGUGCCAAGCCUUUAGUGGCCUUUUUAGCUAGAGGGAAUCCAUCUGCCCUUAAUGAUGGCUGAUCUAAAUUGUGACUGUAUUGGUAAAUGUAUCGCAGCCUUCUGAAAUGAGCCUUUACCGCAGACAUACUAUAGAUGGAGAAGUGGCAGUAAAUUUAAUUAUGUGAUUAUUUAUGUUAAACAUUUAUCAUUGUGGUGGAUGCAAUAUUGAAAUUGACUAUAAUUGGAGUUCUGAUUCUCUACUGUCUGUAUGUAAUAAGAAUAUGACAGCUCAUCGAUGGCAAAGCAAGCUGCUUUGCAUAUCACAACCUUCAGCCAUCAGCCUGCUGUGUGCAUGUUGAUGCAGUGCUGAAUGUCUAGUAUGUCAGGUCAUUGAACAUUACGCUUGUGAGAACUCAUGUUCCCCUCUCAUGCCUUGCAGUCCUGUAAAAAAAAAAUCAUAAUUGGAACUUGCUCUGUUUUUGGCUCCACUCUAUUUUAGGGCCCUAGUUAACAGGCUUAGCUACAUCAUUAUUGUAUCAGAACAGAAACAAAACAUGUUGAACAGGCUGUCUGAAAGUGAAAAUAAGGUCUUCGAUUUCCAUGAAGAAGAAAGAGAAAGUCUGAAGUUAAUUUGAACAGUUUGCCAUCUGUGAGUGGGAGUUUCACACUUAAGUCAGUUCUGUAAAUCCCUUAACUAAUAAUUGGGCUGAGAAAGCAGUUGGUUGGUUUGGUGCCUUUGUCACAGUGACAGAAAUGGGCAUAGUGUUGCUGUGACCACACUUUUCUGUCAUUGUUAGGACUUAUCUAUUACUAGAAUAUCACUUGUUUGCUAAAGGUAUGUGUUUAAAGGUUGUUUCUUUUUUAGUUUUGUAUGUUUUCUUUUCUAUGAUUGUUCUAAUGUUUUGAAAUCAUACGAACUGCAGAUAAUUUACAAAAAUGUGUCAAUUUUAAGAUCAUUUUCAAAAAUUUUAACAGGAUACUGACCAACUUUUUUUUUUUUUAAAACAGAAGAUUAGCCCGCCUCGAAUCUCUAAUAAAAUGUUGAAAUUA